AAAAUCGCUGGCGCCUACUUCUGCGCAAGAGUGCGUCUGACAGACCCAGGGCGUGACUUCGAAUGUAUCAACAAAGCUGCAAAUACCAAAUUUGUCUAAAGAUCUACAUCGCAAGAAAGCAUUUGUCAUGUCUGCGGCAACAACCACCGUGCCUGUCGCCACGGCGGCGUCUCAAGCCGGCAUCUUUGAGGGCAUGAAUCCGACAGUGUUCAAUCCUUCAGACCCGAUCGUUCUCUUCAUCAUACAAGCUACGAUCGUCAUUGGAUUGACACGGCUUCUGUACUGGCCACUGGCCAAGAUACACGAGCCAAAGGUCAUUGCGGAAGUCAUUACGGGAAUUAUACUGGGACCUUCAGUAAUGGGUCGCAUCCCAGGCUUCACAGCUAGUAUAUUCCCGCCUGCCUCUAUGGCACCGUUCCGCCUGGCAGCAAACAUCGGCCUAGUGCUGUAUCUUUUCCUGGUAGGCCUUGAGAUCGACCUCGGCUACCUUCUACGCAACUGGCGCAUUGCAGUCAGUGUCGCAAGCUUCGACAUGGCAAUUCCCUUUGGCUUGGGCGUCGCUCUCGCCUAUGGUCUGUACAACGAGUUCAAGGACGAGCCAGGAAUUGCACCCAUCUCUUUUGGCGUGUAUGCACUCUUUAUCGGUAUCGCCAUUGCUAUAACAGCAUUCCCCGUACUCUGUCGGAUCCUCACCUCGCUCAAGCUCCUCAACAGCAGCGUCGGUGUCAUUGUGCUCACCUCGGGCAUCAUUAAUGAUGUCGUCGGAUGGAUCCUGCUUGCCUUGUGCGUUACCCUCGUCAAUUCUGGCGCAGGCAUUACAGCACUAUAUAUUCUCCUGGUUGCCGUCGGGUUCAGCUUGUUCUUGGCCUAUGCGGUCCGGCCGGCAUUCAUGUGGGUGCUACGCAAGACGCACAGCUUGGAAAAUGGCCCAACCCAAGGUGUGGUGGCUCUGACCAUCUUCAUGGUUCUUGCCUCUGCUUUUUUCACCAGCAUUAUUGGUGUGCACUCCAUCUUUGGUGCCUUUAUGGUCGGUCUGAUGUGCCCUCAUCAGGGCGGUUUCGCCGUCAAACUGACCGAGAAGAUCGAAGACUUAGUCGCUGUCAUCUUCGUCCCUCUUUUCUUUGCUCUCUCGGGUAUCAACACGAACCUGGGCCUUUUGGAUAGCGGCAGGAUAUGGGCUUAUGUCUUUGCCGUCAUUUUCGUCGCCUUUUUCAGCAAACUCAUCGGCGGUACCAUAGGUGCAAGGUUGAACGGUCUCGUAUGGCGCGAGUCCUUCACUAUUGGUACAUUGAUGUCUUGCAAGGGCCUAGUGGAGCUUAUUGUUCUCAACAUCGGCCGGGAGGCUCGCAUUCUCUCGACGAGAACAUUUACAAUCUUUGUCGUCAUGGCUCUUGUUACGACCUUUUUGACAUCACCCCUCGUCAUGUGGCUGUACCCUCCUUCAUACCAGCAAAAGCUUGAACUAUGGAAGCAAGGCAAGAUCGAUUGGGAUGGAAAUCCCAUACAUGCAUCCGAGGAAGAAGAGCUUGAUAUGGUGGGUGCCCCCGGCUCAAAGGACAUCGCCACCCGUCUUCUGGUUUAUGUCCGAGUAGAUGGUCUAUCGAGCGUGUUGUCCACCGUUUCCCUUUUCACCAGCGCAGGUGUGCAAGCCGAGUUGGACUCUCCGGGACCGUCUGUGGACCCUAACGCCACAGUCCACCUCAACGGCGAGAGCAUGAAAGAAGGCAUCACCUCAGCCACGGCAACUCUGAGACUGCCUCAACCCGAGAGGCUGCCCUUGCUACGCGUCCAUGGCUACCGACUCGUGGAGUUGAGUGAACGCAACUCGUCGGUCAUGCAGGUCGCUGACAUUGAGCAGUACGCUGCACAUGACCCCAUCAUCAAAGCAUUUGGCACGUUGGCCAACACAGCCAGUAGAGAUGUUGUCGUGUCUGGCAAGAUCGCCGUGGUGCCCCAUAACUCAUUUGCUGAUACUCUGGCGGAUGAGGCGGGAAGCUCACGUAGUGACAUGAUCAUUGUGCCGUGGAGCGAGACAGGAAGCAUCUCAGAGAUGCCGUCACUAUACGGCGGCGUCCCCAGCACCGAUCCACUUCGUAACGAUAGCUUUGCGCAGCUCACGACUGGAAUCUUCGACGCGGCCAAGAACAUCUCUGCGGUCGGUGUCUAUCUUGACCGUACUCUGCUCGCCAAGUCAGACGCCGGCGUCGCCGAGACUGUGGCGGAAGGGAAACGAUACCAGCUCACGAAGCAUACCACUGGCAUUAGCCUAGUCGACACUCAGCCGGACCGCUUGGCAGCCAAAUUCUUCUCGGCAGAGCACAGGAAAAAGGUCAUUCGAGUCUUCUUCACCGGUACUGAGGAUGACUUGUUUGCUGUGCGACUUGCGCUGCAGCUCUCGCAGUCAGGUUCGACUGAACUGCAAGUCAUAACAUGUUAUCACCAUCACGACAAUGGGUUCAUCAUCGACUUUGAGAGACUGAGGGCCAACCUUGACCAGGGUCCCGAGAGUGAAAAGGUCAUCUUCACGAGCAUCGAGCCACAGGGUGCUCACCCACCAGUAUCAGAGGGAGAACCAUCAACUGGCACUACACAGAGCUCGAAUAUACUUGCUGCUCUGAUCGGGCAAGAGACGCAUCGGGAUAUCACCACAAUUCUCAUCCUCGGUCGCGCGUCUACAUUGACCUCGGUGGAUUCCAGUGAGGACUUGGAGAUACGAAGUGCGCUAGGCAAGGUCGCUACAAGUGCGGCAGCUGAGAUCAGAGAGUGCAGUGCCAAUAACAUCAGUCUUCUGGUUGUUCAGGCUAGAAAAGCUGCCGUCGCACAGCCCAGUACCACCUCAGGGCCUUCAGGGCAGGUGUUGGAGAGGAAAGCAAGCCAUGAGAGCCAGGCUAGCGACGUUGACGAACAUACGGCGUAA